AUGGUCAAGAUCAGCACGGGUGAGAACGUGAUGUGGAGGACGAAUGAAGAUGUUACUACGCUCGUGAUCAACAACAAAGUUGUGGACGACCUGGUUAGAAUCAAGGGUAAGACCACAAUCACGUGUGAGUCCCUGCUCGCGGUAACGUGCUGGACACGAGCGACAUUAUGA